AUGAACGCCAUCGUCGUCCUUUGCCACUUCUGCGAACUGCAUGGCCCGCGCACCCUCUUCUGCACGGAGGUCCUGCAUGCUCCCCUUCCGCAUGGUGCGGGGAAUGGGGACAGCCCUGGACACGGCGAGCAGCCGGAGGAGGAGGAAGGGGGCAUUCAGAUGAGCAGCCGGAUCCGGCCCCACAGCCCGGCGGAGGGUGCCAGCUUGGACUCCAGCAGCCCGGGACCGAAGAAGUCAGAUAUGUGCGAGGGUUGCCGUUCUCUUCCAGCGGGACACCCGGGCUACGUCAGCCACGACAAAGAAACCUCGAUUAAGUAUGUCAGUCACCAGCACCCGAACCACCCGCAGCUCUUCAGCAUCGUGCGCCAGGCCUGUGUCCGCAGCCUCAGCUGCGAGGUGUGUCCGGGCCGUGAAGGGCCCAUCUUCUUCGGGGACGAGCAGCACGGGUUCGUGUUCAGCCACACCUUCUUCAUCAAAGACAGCCUGGCCCGGGGCUUCCAGCGCUGGUACAGUAUCAUCACCGUCAUGAUGGACCGCAUCUACCUCAUCAACUCCUGGCCGUUCCUGCUGGGCAAGAUCCGGGGGAUCAUUGACGAACUGCAGGGCAAAGCGCUGAAGGUGUUUGAGGCGGAGGAGUACGGCUGCCCGCAGAGGGCCCAGCGCAUGAACACGGCCUUCACGCCUUUCCUGCACCAGAGGAACGGCAACGCGGCCCGUUCGCUCACCUCGCUGACCAAUGACGAGAACCUGUGGGCGUGUCUCCACACUUCCUUUGCAUGGCUCUUGAAAGCUUGCGGGAGCCGGCUCACGGAGAAGUUACUGGAGGGCGCGCCCACCGAGGACACACUUGUUCAGAUGGAAAAGCUGGCAGAUCUCGAGGAAGAAUCCGAAGGCUGGGAUAACUCCGAGGAGGAAGACGGGAAACCUUGUGGCCCGGCGGACGUCGGGGAUGGCCGCGAAUUGAUCAAAAGCCUGACCGAUUCGUCCCUGAUGCUGGACUGCGGGAACUGGAAUGGAGGAGCCAGAAGCCAAUCUGUUUUCCGGUCCCUCCGGCAUUUGAGACAGGUCCUGGGGGCGUCGGCUUUUCACAUGCUGGCUUGGCACGUGCUCAUGGGGAACCAGGUCAUCUGGAAAGCACGGGACCCGGAUCUGGUCCAGUCUGCCUUUGAUGUCCUACGGACCAUGCUGCCUGUCGGUUGCGUUCGGAUCAUCCCCUACAGUGACAAAUAUGAGGAAGCUUAUCGGUGUAACUUUCUAGGGCUCGCCCCUCAUGUGCCGGUCCCACCUCACAUUCUGUCAUCUGAAUUUGCCGUCCUCGUGGAAGUCCGCACUGCCACCCGAUCGAGCCUCUACCCCGUUUUGUUCGACGACGAGCAGGCGCUCAGCAAAUACGAAUUUGUGGUCACCAGCGGGAGCCCCGUGGCAGCGGAUAGAGUCGGCCCUACCAUCUUGAACAAGAUCGAAGCGGCUUUGACCAACCAGAACCUUUCGGUGGAUGUUGUAGACCAGUGCCUCAUCUGCCUGAAGGAGGAAUGGAUGAAUAAAGUGAAGGUUCUCUUCAAGUUCACCAAAGUGGACAGCCGGCCCAAGGAAGACACCCAGAAGCUGCUGAGCAUUCUGGGAGCUGCCGAGGAGGACAACGUGAAGCUCUUGAAGUUCUGGAUGACGGGCCUCAGCAAGACGUACAAGUCUCACCUCAUGUCGACCGUUCGCAGCCCGACCGCAUCGUCCUCGGAGUCUCGGAACUAG